CAAAUCUGAUAUCUUGGUGGUGCAUUCCAUCAAAUGCAAUUUGCCUGAGUAACGCAUAAAUAAUGACAGCCGCAGAGCAAAUAGUGUUUUUUUUUUAAAUAAGUGACCGAAAUGAAAAAAAGUUACCAUAGGUAAACAAUGCGUGAAGACUUAUUAUUCGUUAAUACUUGAAUUAUUUGUUUAUUCACUAUUGUGUAUGCGCAACAAAGCAACGAAUUAUUUAUAUUCGUCAUAUCAAACGUUUGUUUGCAUUUAUAUUACCUAUGCAUUGGUUUGACAUUUUAUAAAUGCUGAGGAGACUGGACCAUAUAUUUAAAGAUAUUUUCGCUUUAAUAAAUAACGAAUCACAAGCGGUUGAGAGGAAGUUUGAUAAUUAUUUCCGGAACCAAAAGAUGCGACUUUUCAAGAGCCGAAAUUCUAUUGACUCAAUUAAUAUACCAGCUAAAGCAAGGGCAAAUUCAUCUCCAUGUGUGAAAAGUUUUAAAUUGUCAUCGGUCGGUUUUAUAUCUUCAUCUCUGCCAGAUUUACAUGAAUCACCCGUGAUGAUCUUGAGCUGCACAAAUCUGGGACUAAAUCAGAAUUCCAGCGUACAAUCAAUCACACAAUCAACAGCAGUGUCAGCAAUACCACCUUUAACCCACUUUGAGAUUGGCAACAGCGUCGGCAGUAAGAAAAUAUCAAUGAACGAGGUGAAUGGAAAAACCACAGCACACCUGCAGCAAUUGUUUGGAAAAAACAACAAUAUACAGCAACAACAACACAAUUCACUUGGUGGCUUUUACAACAAGUUCGGUUCUGCCAGCAACAUUCGGUCAUCGUCCACAACUGGUUUAUUAGAAAAGGACAACAGCAAUGAGAAGAGAACUUCACAGCUAAUUGGACAAAAUGUAUUUACAUGGGGAAAAAGAAUGGGUAAAAAGCUGGACAUAUUAAAGAAGAGUGAUCAAAAAAGUCAUUCCGAUCUUCAAAGUAUAUUCCACCCACUAUCAUUCAAUGCCACAUGCACACUCAAUAAAUGCAAAUCUGGCCCAAUAGACACCAUUGGCCCGCAAAGAGAGGACACACAAAACCUACCAGCAUUUUUUCCUCAUAUCUCUCCAGAUAAAAAUGCGUCUCUUACAAAAGAUCGACAAAAAACACUUAAAUCCUUCUUUCAUCGAAUAGGAUCUACUGGCAUGCUUAAUCAUAAAUCACAUAAUUUAAUAAAAGCUUCUGAACCCCAGCUUUACCGCAGUAGUUCAACAAGUCAACUCAGCACUUGUUCUUAUGUAAAAUGCGAUGAUCCAAGUGAAAGUCUUUUGAAUGUUGAAAACUCUAUUCAUAAGAUAUCUACCACAGUUCAAUCAACGAUUAAAUCAUCAAGUUGCGACGACAUUGCAAAAGCAGGAAUUUCUAACCCAGGAGAACAGACUCGUCGAGGUAAUUUUCCCUAUGCAUUUCUUCGCUCUCGGUUGUCGGUUUUACCUGAAGAAAACAGAGGUUCUGUUACAAAAUCGACAACGAAUACAAAUAAUAACCGAGUCUCUGACAUCAUAGCACCAGAAAUCACAGCAAAUACAAUUUAUGACGAUGAUACAUGUUCUCUCACGAGCACUAGUCUAAGUGACCAACAAAAGGUGAUAUAUCGGAGCGACGACGUUAUUAAACGUUAUUCUUCGGAUGAUAGUGUGUUAUGUAAUUAUUCUCCGCAAGGUAACAUUUUGCGAAAUAAUAGUGUUUCUUCUAAGGAUUGGGAACCACUUUACCAAAGAUUAAGUAGUUGCUUGAGUUCAAACGAAUCGGGUUACGACAGUGACGGUGGUAGAGUUCUAGUUGAUGAUGCGUCAUCAAAACGAAAUAGUUUAUUGCCAAUGAAUUCUAUAAGAACAAGUAUAGAAGCAAAUGAAAAUGACGUAGGUGCACCAAUUUCACUUGGAGGAUACAACUACGAUUAUGAAACUGAAACGAUACGUCGACGCUUUCGACAAAUCAAGUUGAAAAGGAUUUCCGAUAGCGAUUUCAUUGGGUUGGUCCUAUCACCGAAAACUGUACUAACAAAUUCAAAUGAACAGCAAUUACGAUACUUGGUUGUGGAAAUUGACACUUACGGCAUUGUACACAAAGAUGGUCGUCUGCGCCUGGGAGACGAGAUUGUUAACGUAAAUGGCAAUCAUUUACGUGGUUUACAAUCUUUUGAUCAAGUACAAAACCUGCUUUCGACAUUUGUGGACAAUUGUAUGGAUCUUGUAAUAGCUCAUGACGAAGUGGCUACAGUGGCUGAUUUCUGUACAAAAAUUAAAAUAAAUAAUGCUUUUUCGAAUCAUCCAAAGUUCGAAGUGUGCGACGGUAAUUACAAAUCUAGAAAACAGAUGUCAUUCAGCCAUCGUAGCCACAGUACAGAGAGUAUAAACAGCUAUGAUUUAAGCAGAUUACAAAUAACUCUUCAAGAUGAUGACGAAGCAAAAUUUUUGAUAAACUCAACUACAAUAAAAAACAAGUCUCCAACAAAAUGUUCAACAACCGUUCCAACUAGCACCAUAGAAACCCAAAAUAUUUCAAGACCUCGAUCUGUGCGAAGCUUGGAACUCACUCCACUUUGCAGUACGUCCGAGUAUACACCUGUCUAUGCUAAUCGUGUAACAUCAAUAACAAAUACAAUAAGCGAUGAUGAAAAGUGGCAAAUACUCAGUCAAAAACGCGCUGAAGUUGUUCAGAAUUCGAAAUAUACCGAAUCUCUGAAAACAUCCAUGCAAGACCGAUGUAACCAAAAUGCAAGCGAAAUUAAAAGUUAUUUUUAUAAAAAUCAAGAAAACAUUCAUCGACACCGGCUUUAUGUUAAAGGCUUUGAAAAAUUCAACGGCAAUACUAAGAUAAAAUCAGAAAAAAGUAAAGACUGCGACAUUAAUCUAAAGCCUCGAUUACACUACAAUAGAAAUUCCAUGAAUCACACAAAUUCAAACUAUCGAUCACUCAGAUUUACUCACUCGCGCCUAAGCUCUAGUCGCUUAAGUUUAUAUGUUCAGCAUGGUAAGAGUGAUAGUGGUAUCGAAAGUAGUGAGGCUUCCAUUGCUAUUUCCAAAGAAUCUCUUUCAAUACCUCAAGCAAAUUUAACACAUAAUGACUACGAGCUAAAUCAAAAUCAUCUUAACACCGCUGGUAACAAUAAUUUCCAUUGUGAUAUCAUAACUAAUACUUCUAAUACGCCACAGAAACCAUCAAAUCACCAAGAAACUCCACAAGCUAGAUUUGAAAACUCAUGUCAAAUAGAUCUCGAAACAUUACCAACAAAAUCUUAUAUAUCAACACUGGGUACUGAGGAUUUACCCCAGGACAUGUCGUCAUCUUCUGAUGUUCUUCGUGCGAUUUUUGGUCCCGCGUGUAUUGAUGGUGAUUGGAGAAGAAGGUAUAACAACGAGCUUUACGGGUUGUACAAGGACGCUAACUUAGCCAAGAGAGUGAAGGUGCAGCGCCUGAGAUGGCUAGGUCACGUGGAGCGCAUGGACAACAAUUUUUUUUUUUUGACGGGAGGAAAUCUUCAAAAGACACUUGGCAGUAUUCGACACCAAGUAGUGUGGGACUCUUAACCACUAAAACCACCUCUUUAUCAGGACCAAUCUUGAGAGAUCGACAUCAGAUUUUUCUUUCUUAACUUUGUAAAAUCACUUUGGGGGAAGUUUAAACUUUUAAUACUUUCCCAUGUUUUUUUAGACCAUAAGCUCAUGAGGCUUGGUUCUUCUUAAUCUCCGAACAUGGUUUCUUGUAUUCAAGACGGACACCAUUUCAGAAUUGGUAUGACAUUGCAGUCUCUGAUUAUGGGAUACAGCGUAUUUUUUAACAACUUCUGUAACCGUUUCUGUUUGUAAGUCACGAUGUAGAUCGCUAUUUCUUAUGUACCAGGGUGCAUUAACUAUUUCACGAAGGACUUAGUUUUGGAAUUUUUGGAUGAUUUCGGUAUUUGUUUUCUUUGUACAGCCCCAUAAUUGGAUACCAUAGGUCCAAACAGGCUUUAGUACUUGAUUAUACAGCAUUAUUUUGUUUUGGGUUGAUAAAUCAGAGUUGUUACCAAGUAACCAGUACAUUUUUCUAUAUUUCAAGUUUAGUUCUUCUCUUUUCUUUUUGAUGUGCUCUUUCCACUUUAGCUUUGCAUCCAAAGUCAUUCCAAGGUAUUUGGCCGUAUUGGCGUAAGGUACAGCUGGAAUAUGAUGAAUAUUGGAAUAUUGUUUAUCUUUUUAUUUGAAAAGUUUAUAUGUGAAGAUUUUGUUUCAUUGAGUUUGAUACGCCAUUUUUCGGUCCAAUCUCUGACUGUGUCGACGGCAUAUUGCAGCUUUACUGCUCCCCUAGAGACACAUUUGUCGGGUACCAAAAUUGCGGUAUCAUCUGCAAAAGUAGCCAUUAUGGUGUGAUUCCCAACUGGGAUAUCCCUUGUGUAUAGUAAAUACAGGGUAGGACCUAGGACACUUCCUUGUGGUACACCGGCUUCUAUUUUCUUCAAUUCCGAAUAUACUUGAUCGUACCUUACUCUAAACAAUCGGUCUGAGAUGUACGAUUUUAAUAUUUCAUAGUACUGUCUGGGAAGAUCCCUUUGCAGUUUGUACUCAAGUCCCUCAUGCCAAACCUUGUCAAAGGCUUGAGCAACAUCUAAGAAAAUAGCUGAACAGACUUGUUUUUCUUCUAAUGCUUUUUCUAUUACAUCCGUUAUUCUAUGAACUUGGUCUAUCGUGGAAUGUUUAUUUCUAAAGCCAAACUGAUGAUUUGGGAUUAACCUUCUUUCUUCUAUAAUUUUGCUAAGUCUCUUCAGAAGCAGUUUUUCAAAAACUUUUGCCAUAAUUGGUAUAAGCGAUAUUGGUCUGUAAGACGUCACUUCUGUAGGUGGCUUACCUUGCUUGGGUAUGACAAUAACUUCAGCAAUUUUCCAAUGGUGUGGGACAUACCGUUGCUUAAGGCAUGUAUUUAUUAUAUAUUGGAGUUUUAUGAAGGCUUUCAAAGGCAUUUCUUUCAUAACCUGAGCAGUAAUAAGAUCGUAACCUGGUGAUUUUUUAUUUGAUAGUUGAUGUAAACACAUACUUUUUACUUCUUUUAAUCUUACAAUUGGUAUUCAUCUAUCUUAUCAACAAGCUGUAAGCUAUUUUCAGCCGCGUUUGUUGGGUAUGGCUUAAAAACAUUCGCAAGAUGCUCCGCGAAAAGGUUAGCUUUUUCUUUUGGGUUACCGAUCCAUUUCCCAUCUUGAGAUUUCAAGGGAGAGUUUAGUAACUGCGGUCUUUUCAGGCGCUUGGCUGCUUUCCAUAGCGAAAAAUCGGUUGAAGCAUCAGUCGUUAAAUUCUUUAGGAAUGUACUGAGUGAAUCAUUUUUGAAUUUAUAAAUUUGUUUUUUAAGAUUGUUGCUUAUACGAUUAAACGUUGUUUUAUCAUCUGGAAAUCUAGUAUUUUGCCAUUUUCUUCGAGCUCUUCUUUUCUCUAUUAUCAACUCUCUUAUCUCUAAAGGAUAUUUUAUUUCACUUUGUCUUCUAUUAGAAAAUGUUGGAGUACUUUCUUCAGCGGCCUGUUGCACAUCAGCAAUAAAUUGUUCCACUUCAUGGUCAAUUUGCUCGAUUGUAUCCAUGGGAGAUCUUAAAUUUAUAAAACUUAAAAGCCUUUCUCUAAAAUCACUCCAGUUUGUUUUCUUAUUUACAAGCUUUGGAUUACUUUUUUCUAUUACUUCCGAUUCACUUAGUGAUAGAAUCACUGGAGUAUGAUCUGAUGACAAGUCAUAAUUACCUUCGACACUAAUGUGAUUUCGUUUGAUUCCUUUAGCUACGAAAAAGUCAAUAAAGUCUGGUAUUUUGUUAGUAUCGGAAGGCCAGUAAGUAGGCGACCUGGAGGAAUAGAAUUCGCAAUUGUAUUUACGGCCUGCUUGGAAAAGUCUUUUGCCUUUAGUUGAUAUAAGUCUUGAACCCCAAUGGGUGUGUUUCGCAUUGAAGUCUCCACCAACAAGAAAGUUAUGCCCAAGAAGAUUUAAUAGAUCUGUAUAGUCAUCUUCUGUCGGGGAGCGCCUUGGUGGGCAGUAUAUAGCUGCUAUCUUAAACUCUUUCUUUUUCAUACCAAUACUAAUAGUUGUUACUUGCAUAUUUUCAUUAGUAAGCUUGGUUUCUUCAUAAUGUUUUAAGCUUUCUUUUAUAAGAAUCGCCGAUCCACCUCUUGCCUUGUCAGCUGGAUGUGGAGCGUGGUAACAUGAAUAGUUUUCUAUUACAUUAUCUAGACUUUGCCCACUGGAGAAGUGAGUUUCGGACACCAGGCAAAUAUCUAUAUGUUCUAGAUCUAAAAAGAUUUUUAAUUCGGAUUAAUUUAAGUGUUCUGUCCAUCAUUGUUUUUUAAGAGCGACUUUUUCGCUUAACUGUUUGAUAUUCAAAUCCUGUUUAUCAAUUCUUUGAAGAAUGAGGUGUAGCAUUUCUUUUAUGGAAGUCUCUUCAUUCUUCCGCACAUUUUUUAGAAUCUGAGAAUAGGCUUUAUUUUCAUCGCUUUUACUUUGAACAGCUUUUUUAGGCGGUUCAUUCUUAGUAUUGUUUUCAGCAGUUAAAUCGGUAUUUACUACGUUUCUGGGUUUGUCUCUAGUAGAUGUAUUUUUGCUUCUGAACUCUUGGAAUUUUUUGGCAACUGGGCAGCCUCUAUAGCUUGCCGGGUGAUUACCCUGGCAGUUCACACAUUUUGCUUUCUGAUCUUUGCUCAUCGGACAAUUUUUAGUUGCAUGUUUUCCUUCGCACUUUACACAAGCAAACUCGCGGUUGCAGUAUUUUUGGGUAUGACCAAAAGCUUGGCAACGUUUGCACUGCGGAACAACUUUAGAUUUUCGGAGCGGUUCAAUUUUAA